UUUCCCCGAAAGCCUCUGGCUCUUCCUCUCUUCCUCUCCUCUGCUCUCUUCACCAACUCCCUCUCGCCAUCACACCUCCUCUCCUUCCUUGCACUCAAUUCCUGCAAAAAACCAUGCUGUCGACUGUCUUCAAGUCGGUCCGCCUGGCCUCGACUGGCUCGAGAGCCCUCGCUCGUCCUUUUGCUGCUCGCUCGCUGGCGACCGAGGCGGUCGUUUCUCAUAUGCCCGAGGAAAUGGACGCUCCCUUCACCGUCACCCUCCCCGCCGAGGCUUUCGAGACAUACAUGUUGGACUUGCCCUCGUACGAGCUGACCACCAGCAAGGCUGAGCUGAUCCAGAUGUACAAGGAUAUGGUCACCGUUCGCCGAAUGGAGACUGCUGCCGAUGCCCUUUACAAGGCCAAGAAGAUCCGUGGUUUCCAUCUUUCGAUCGGUGAGGAAGCCAUUGCCGUCGGCAUUGAGCAUGCCAUCACUCCCGACGACCAGGUCAUUACCGCCUACCGUUGCCACGGUUUCGCCUACAUGCGUGGUGCCUCGGUCAAGAAGAUUCUUGCUGAGCUUAUGGGCCGCAGCGAGGGUGUCUCUUUCGGAAAGGGUGGCUCCAUGCAUAUCUUUGCUCCCAACUUCUUUGGCGGUAACGGAAUCGUCGGUGCCCAGGUCCCUGUCGGUGCCGGUCUUGCAUUCGCCAAGCACUACCUUGGUCUUCCUCACACCACCUUUGCCCUCUACGGUGAUGGUGCCGCCAACCAGGGCCAGGUCUUCGAGGCCUACAACAUGGCCAAGUUGUGGAAGCUCCCCUGCGUCUUUGCGUGCGAGAACAACAAGUACGGUAUGGGUACCUCUGCCGCCAGAUCGUCGGCUUUGACUGAGUACCACAAGCGUGGACAGUACAUUCCCGGUUUGAAGGUCGACGGUAUGGACGUCCUUGCCUGCAAGCUUGCUUCCUCGUUCGCCAGAGAGUACACCACCACCGGCAACGGACCUUUGGUUAUGGAGUACUCCACCUACCGUUACGGUGGUCACUCCAUGUCCGACCCCGGUACCACCUACAGAACCCGUGAGGAGAUCCAGCGUAUGCGUUCGACCCACGACCCCGUCACCGGUCUCCGCGACAGACUGACCAGCUGGGGCGUUAUCUCUGAGGAGGAGCUCAAGGCUGUCGACAAGGAGAUCCGUGCCUACGUCGAGAAGGAAGUUGCCGAGGCCGAGGCCUCGCCCCCACCUGAGGCCAGCCCCGAUGUUUUGUUCCAGGACGUCUACAUCAAGGGUACCGAGAUCCCUGUUCUCCGUGGAAGAAUCCCCGACGAGAACUACACUUUCGAGAAGUAAAGCGCUGCAGCAUCAGUGUUGUGAGGGCUAAGCACCAUAUACAAAUGAAAGAUAUUGGGGAGUCUUUUGUCUUUUCGAUUGUUCAGCGACCAGUGGCCGGUCCGCUUUCGCUUUGCUGUUAUGAAGAUAUAAAGUGACGAAGUAAUUAUCGUAAAUGGUAGUGUCAGCAUAGUAUCUGAUAGACAAUGUCUAGUUUAAUCAAUCUUAGAAAUAUAUCCAACUACAGUAAUGAG